GGGCAGAUGCAGAAAAUGAAAAUGGAACACAGAAAGAAACAGACAUACAGGUGCAUGUGGAAGUGAAUUUGGAAGACGAAAGGAGUAAUCAUUGUGUAGGUCUUGACAUUGAAUGUAUCAUAACUGAGUUUCCAUCUCAAAAGGAAAUAGACAAUUAUGUUACCAAUGGUAAUAUCCCUCUGCCUAAAACAUUCCCAAAAGACACCUGCAAUCAAGUUUUCCCAGAAAGCAUAAUGAAAUUUCAAAGCACCAAUGGAGAACUACAUGUAAGAGACUGGCUUGUCUGGAGCCAACAGAAACAAGCAUUAUAUUGCUUUCUAUGUCGAUUAUUUUGGCACAAGACAGUUGAGACUAGCACUUCUGCAUCUAUGUCUGCACUGGUAUCUGCUGAAGGCUGGGAUGCUAAUGGGAAGUGGCAGAAACUUUCCCACAGGAUCCCAAAACAUGAAAAAGACAAUGGUCACAGAGAAUGUGACCUAGCUUGGCGAAAACUAGAAAGUUACCUGCUGUCUGAGACAGGAGUUGACACCAUCUUUGAAGCGUCAAUCAAAACUGAAGCUGUGAAAUGGUACAAUAUUUUAAAGCACAUCAUUGAUGUUGUACUCUUCUUGGGAGAACGUGGUCUGGCAUUUAAUGGUUCAUCCCAUCGAAUUGGUGAUUCAAGCAAUGGAAACUUCUUAGGACUCAUUGAACUGCUCUCCAGGUGGGACCCCAUCCUUCAGGAGCAUGUGCUAAGUGUAGAGGAGUCACAGAAAAGGAGUGAGCGGCUUCAAGUUCUUUAUCUGUUCCCUGACUCACAAAAUGAAUUUAUUUCAGAAUGCUUGAAUCUUGUGAAACAACACAUUUUGCUUGAGAGGCAGUCUGCAAAGUACUUUGCAGUAAUAGUAGAUGCCACACCAGAUUCCUCCCAUAUUAAACAAACAAUAUUUCUUUGA